AUGACCUUGGAACCCGCCAUCCUCCAUGCUCUCUCGCACUACCUUGUCUUCACACCGACAGCCUCUCUGCCGACCGAGUCACAAUCCGGCCCCGUGAACCAGGCCAACUCGAUUGCCUUCCUUCUCCGGCCGGACGUGGCUCGGCUCGAAUCCCUCUCGUCUCAGGCUCGGCCACGAGGGCGUCGGGCAGACUCGUUCGCCUCUCCGACCGAGGCGACUCAUCCCGAACGCAUGAACCAUUUGCUCACCAGUUUCGGGCGCAGACUGUUGUUUGAGUUCCGUCUGACGGGACAUCGGCUGUUCGCUCGCAUGCUGGGUCUUGCCAGUCUGUUCUCGCAACUCGUCCAGCCCAGUUGUGAGACCGACGGUGCCAUCGGCCAGUCGGCAGAGGACACCGGACGCGCAGGAUUCCCUUCGUCCGGCGACGAAAGAGGCGCGAGCCACUCUUGGAAGACCGGCCCGGUGGAAUGGAUGUUGGACACUUGGAGGACAGUCAGUUGGUCUUUAUUUUGCUUCUUUUUCUCCUCCUGCCCGUUCAUCACUCGCUGCCAGUCGCACAACUCGACUUUUCUCGGGUCAUUUAAGGCGACACAUUGA